AACAAGAAACGGUCAGUUGGGUGUUGGGAGUAGUACUUGUUGAUCUGCUGAUGUGGUGCUUAUUUUUAACCAGUAUUCACAAUGUCUAGACGUGAAAGAAAUGAUCCAGAAUGGCAAGCACUUAUCGCAGAGCAUCAGAUAUUCAAGAGAAAACUGCAAAGCAAAAGUGAAGCUCUGCUGAUCAUCUCCAAAGAUUUGGAAACAGCGCAAAAAGAGCGAGAUCAGUUUAAGAUGAUGGCAGAGAAACUACAAGAACGAUGCCAAGCUUUAAAGCGGCAGCAGGCAGACUUUGCAAUGCUGAGUGAUAAAGCGAAACUGAUUCGAGUUCUGCGUGAUACAAAGAAUCAAAAGUUGGGUCAUCAGAGACACAGUGAGAUGUUGCAACAAAAACUAAAUGAAGCACUUGGAGAUAUAAAGUUACUCCGAGAAAAAUUUGCACGUCAAAGAAUUGGUGAUGAAGGAAUUGGUGCAAGACAUUUUCCAUUACAUGAGCGUGAGAAAUUAGUAUCGGAACUUGAACAAGCUCAACAGCAGGGUGAAAACUGGCAUAAAGAGUACAUGUGUCAAGUAGAAGUAACCAUGGAAGCAAAGCAAGAAGCUGAAAUGUAUAGAUUGAAAGGGGAAAGGUUGAACAAGGAAUUAUCCCAUGUGUUGUCUGGAGAUAAAAGCAGGAUUGUCGACAUUGAUGCGCUUUGCAUGGAGAAUAAGUAUUUACAAGAACGCAUCAGUCAGUGUCAAAAAGAGAAAAACACUCUGCACACCCAAGUCAACAAAUACAAGUCCAUCCUUAUCUCAAAAAAGACUGGAGGAGAUGAGUCGAUAAAGUUGGGAAAUCUGAGGUCUGCGGGCACUGUGGUAUCCCCCAAGCAGCUCAAGCAAAUGUUAUUGAAAGGUUUUAACACCAAUUCACCUGAACAAGUUGCUGAUUUACAAUCUAUAGUUUCCGCAUUACUGGAAACCAUCAAUGAUAAAAACCUUGCAAUGCAUCAUUUAAGGAGCACAAAUAAAAUUUUAGGUCAAAGAGUUUCCGAGCUGGAGAAGAAAUUAAAAACAUUAGAAGUUGGUGGACUCUGGAAUGUUCAGAGUAAUGGCUGUGAAUUUACUUCUGAUACUGAUAAGACACCACUGCACACAGAGCAUAACGGGAAGGGUGUUGAUUUCGGUAAUGUGCCGAUCGAUAUGGAUAAUACUGUGAAAGAUUUUGAGCAGCCUGUGACAGAUACUGAUGUGUUGAACAAUGUAGAGGCUGCCAAUGUGUCCGGCUCGUUUGAGAAUUUGUCUUUACAAGAUGUUAUGCCAGAUUUGUGUGCAAAUAAUAACCCAACAGUUGAUAAAACUGAUGAUAACAGUAACUGUUGUGGUCACAAUGAAAAUAAUUCCACUUCUUUAUCGGAGGUUGCUGAAAAUGAGCGUGAAACAUGCAGUGCAUGAUUUAAACGCCACUCUAAAUGUGCCAUAAAGGGCAACCUUUGUUAGUGUCUGUAAUAUUUUUUGUCAUAUUGAUGUAAUACGUAUGAAGUUCUGUUUGCACCUUUGUAGAAAGUUGCCAAUCAUCUGUUGCCAGCUUAUAGUGACAGUAGUAUGAUAAUCAUAGUGGUGUCUUGUGCAAUAUUUGUCAAGUCUCCUGGUGAAUUUGUACCUUAUUCUGAAUAGUUUUACUGUGAGUAAUUGGAAAUACAUUUGCACUUUGUA